AUGCUCGCGGCGAGGGCGUCCGUUAGCGCGGCUGCUCGACCUGCCGCAGGGUUAGUUAUGGUCUCCAAAGUCGGUCACCUCGGCGUCCGGGAAGGGCUGGCCUGAUCCGUGCGGCGGGGCCGAGGGACGGAAGGCAAAUACUGCAGGCCGUGUCUGAAGAUGGCUCCGAACUCUUUGUCCUUAUCCGCCGGCGACCAAGGGGACGGGGCGGCCUACCGCACUCCCCACGGCGACCUCAGCCGGCCGGCCUUAGCGUUGGCGAUGGUCUCUGGAGACAGCGCCUUCGUCUUCAGGCCCGAGGCGAUUCGCCCAGGCCCUCGGCAGGCCGUGCGACCGAGCGUUCGGACCGAGAGCCGUCGACUGGCUGGGGGGGGGCGGAGCUCGACCCGCCUUAUAAAGGGGAGAGAACCGGAUGGUCGGACCCGAAGCCGCCAGGCCAGAUUCUCGCCUUACCCAAGUCUCGGAGUGAAACUCGAUCUCCUAAGAAGUGUGCUCCAGCAGCGUCUGAUUGCUUUUGGGAGUGUCAUUGCAGCCCGGAUUUCAGUUUAAGACGAAUACCUUCUCUUCACCCUUAGUUAGCUUGUGAACAAGGCAUCUCUAAAAUCUUU